AUGAUUGUAAUUCUGCUGAUGUCUAUGUCUGUGGUGGUGUACAGUGGUGGCCAAGACCUGGAGCCACCAGCAUUCCUGCCAGAGCUUCUUAACACGCCUGAGAGAAUCUUGAAUAAUGCCACACUCUUCAACGGAGUCUUUCAAAAUGUGGAAAGUGUUGCAUUAUUUUUUGACUGCCUGGGUUCUCACUUCACCUGGUUACAGUCCAUCUUCACUAACUUCCCUGCCCUUCUCAACUUUGUGAACAAGAUGAAGUGUGUUACUGGGUUUUGCCCCAGGGAUUUUGAAGACUAUGGUUGCUCUUGCAGGUUUGAGAUGGAAGGGCUCCCCGUGGAUGAAGUUGAUGAAUGCUGCUUCCAGCACCGCAAAUGCUACGAGGAAGCACUGGAGAUGGAGUGCACAUGGGACCCAUCAAAGAUUUCUACAGAUGUCAGCUGCUCUACUGAAAACCUGACCUGUGAGUCUGGGGAUCCCUGUGAACAGUUCCUCUGCACCUGUGACAAAGAUGCCAUUGAAUGCCUUGUGAAUGCACAUAUUAACUCUUCCCUGAAUGGGCUGGAUGUCUCCUUCUGUCCAUCUCCAAUUACAGAGCUCCUUCAUCGUGGGACUGAUGAAACAUGGGCAGUGACUGCAUCUGUGGAAGAAGUGAUUUCUUUUGAGCCCAGUGAAAUGAUCUUGGUGACUCCCAAAGCCAGAGUAACCACGAGGGACCACAGAGGAACAGCUCCUGCUCCUCCCAUCCUGUCAAUAAAAGAAGAAGAUGGAUUUAUGGCAGCUGUGGCCCCAGUGGAAGCGAUAACCACCUCCCCAGCCUCAUUCCCAGGAGAUAUUAACUCGAUGCAAGUCAAAAUUGUCCCCACAGAGAAGAUUUCCGCAGGCACAUCUGCAAGGACAAAAGAAAAAGAGACAAGUCCUGCAAGGGGUGGCCCAAGCAUAGCUUCCUCUGCAAUAGCUCUGGAACUGGGACUGUCUGACAGGGGACCCAAUGAACCUGCAGGAAAAGUGUGUGAGCGAUUAACCUUUCUGCAAGAGAGGGGAAGUGGAAGAGCGAAGAGGGAGCUGCCCCAGCUUGGAGAAAUGCUGUUCUGCUUAACUGAGCGAUGCCCAGAAGAAUUUGAGUCUUAUGGUUGCUAUUGUGGCCAAGAGGGAAGAGGUCAUCCCACCGAUGCACUGGACAGAUGCUGCUUCUCUCAUCACUGUUGUAUGGAACAAGUUAAGAAACUUGGAUGUCAUGCAGAAAGAAGUUCCAGAUCUGAAGUAUUAUGUAUUGAUCAUAUGCCAAAAUGCAUUGGUUGGAGCAUAUGUGAGAAACUCCUCUGUGCUUGUGACACGGCGGCAGCCGAGUGCAUGGCCUCUGCCUUCUUCAACGAGAGCCUGAAGCUUCCACAUGGGCGGGAGUGCCGGGAGGAGAAAGCCUUCUGUCAAAGUGACCCUUAUGAAAGGCCCCCAAUAGGCACAGAAACAGGCACAGGUAUUUCCAGCUCUGAGGAGAGCAGUGAAGAGGAGGGUCCAGUGCGGAGACAAUUAAGAAGAGCAAAGAGAGGGACACGCCGUUCCGUUGGGAACUCCGGAACUGGGGGACGUGGAGGCAGAUAA